AUGGCGCUCUCGAGUGCGCAUUGUACAGCGCACAAGAAAUUUUCAUACCUCGAUAUUUACUUGGAAGCAAUUAUAGCUCUCUAUUCAGUUAUAUUAACCGCCUCGGCAUUGAGUCAGACAGACUGGAUAACGUGUUACACAAUUAAUCAUGAAAAGGGAAGCCGACUCAAAUAUCAGCUGCACGUACUAGACACGCCUGGGUUCGGUGAUACUCAAGGACCGAACCGAGAUAAAGAGAUAGCGACUCAACUCAAAAGGUUAUUUAGUCAAGAGGAACCGAAGGGUGUCACUUACAUCGAUGCAAUUUGUUUCCUUGUCAAAGCUCCAGAUGCACGUUUGACGGUUUCACAGAAAUAUGUCUUCGAGUCAGUGCUAUCUUUAUUCGGAAAGGAUGUUGAAAAUAGCAUUUGCUAUCUUAUCACUUUUGCAGAUAAUACUGAACCGCCUGUACUGGCUGCAAUGAAAGAAAGUAACCUUCCUAGCGGACGUAACUUCAUGUUUAACAAUUCUGGUUUGUUUGCAAGAAAUGAAAAUGCAGAUGGUGAUGCGGGGCAAAUAUUCUGGAACAUGGGGCUCGACAGUUUUAGUGAAUUCUUUGAACAUCUCAAUUAUGUCGAGACAAGAAGUUUGCGACAGACGAAAGACGUACUUGAUGAAAGACAAUUAUUAGAAACUGUUGUUAGCAACUUGCAACCUCAAAUAGAUCUCGGAAUGUCAAAGGCCGUCGAAUUAAAAAAAGAAAAAUCGAUAUUAAAGAAACACUUUCCUUUGAAGAAGGAUGCCAAGGACUUUGAAUAUGAAACUGAGGAGAUAAAGCCACAAAAGAGAAAACUUCCUGCCAGAAAGCAUGCAGCUAAAUGUCAAAAUUGUUACACAAUUUGCGGUGAAACAUACACCUAUACUGAUAACGAAACACGCGAAAAGCGUUGCAGAAUAUGCCCAAAUAGAUGUCCAUGGAAGGACCAUACUGACGUACAAAGCAUGUACGAAUAUAUACCUGUCAAGGUGAAAAAGCAGUACUGGAAUAUGCAACAAAAAGUUGAAAAAAUCAAAGGUCAUCCGCCAUCCCAGGACCAUAUUGUCGAACAGCUGGAAGAAGAAUUAAGGAAACUCUUAGCAAGAGUUGAGAUCUUGAUGUUUGCCGUGAAGUCGUGCACUGAUAGAUUAUCAGAAAUUGCUCUUAGACGACCAAAUCUGUUGAGCAUAAUAGAUUACAUAGAUUUGAUGAUUGCAAAUGAGAAGUUAGAACAAAGACCAGGGUUUGAAAAUAGGGUUUUAGGACUACAGGAAAUUCGUAAAAGAACUGAAAUCACAGAAGAGUACGAAACAUUCAGCAAAAACGCAUCUGAAGCUCUGAAAGGAGUUGGAGAAACCAAGAGAAAUUGGUUCAGAUUUGUAUUUAAAAAAGCAAAGAGAUUGAUGACAGAAAUUACAACUACAAGAUGA